UAAACUUGUUUCAAUUAGAGCAAGUUGUGCACCAAGAUAAGCCAUUUUUGAAUAAUUCUAAAUGUUGCGUAGCACCGUGCUCAUCUACUGCUGUAGAACCAGAGGAAAGGACAAGCACUGUUGGUGGAGAAAAGAACACUACACAUCCAGGCCCAAAUGGAGAUUUCAUUUAUAUGGAAGAUGGCUCUUUCCAUUUGACGAAAGGCGUAACAAUAAGUGGUGUGUGUGCAAAAAAAUAUUUGGGAACAAGAAGGCUACCUUGGUGGUGAAGGAUGCUGCCCACGCUAUAUGGGGAAGCAACGUUCUUGCAUCUAGGAGCGUCACAGGGACCGUUGGCUCCAGGAAGAGAGCAUUGGGGGAGCAGCCCAAGCAGCCGCUGACACCGGAGAAACUUCUUGUUGUGUCAGAAACACUCAAGCACUGGGGACAGCAGAAAGACGUCAACACUGCUGACACGGAAAAAAAUCUGCCCAGGAUCCUGGCUGAGAAGAUCCAAGAUCUCCUGAAAUCGAAAGUGCGCAAGCAGAUGUUUGACGAUCAAGCACAAUAAAUUCUUAAACACUAA